GUUAAGGUCAGGGUUAAGGCUAAGGUUAGGUAUGGGUAGAAGUAAGGGUAGGGGAUAGGGAUAGGGCGUCCAAAGGAUCCCGGAUAGCACUGACCAGCAGGCAGCCAACCCUUCCAGCACCUCUCUCGUACAGAUGCUCGAGCCAACUUGUCAGUCGGUCGCAUCUCGGAGGGGAACGGAACGGUUCGAACGGGGCGGUAUGAGGAGCAACUGACCGUGGAAACGAUGAUAAUCACGAAUCCUUCCCCGGACAGAAGGACUUAACCUGCAGUCCCACUGCUCACCCCUUCCCAUUUUAUUUCCACCUCUACAGAUACGGACCUAACGUUAGCGAUAUUUCUGUACCAUAUCCCUUGUAGCCUAUCUCUCCCUUUGAUAUUUUUACCCCUUACAUUAAGCGUAGUGUGUCUUGACACGAUGUGGAAAACCGGGCUCCUUCUCCUCUUUUGGGGACUAUUAACGUCCAGUGAACUCCAGCAAGAAGCAACGGAGCCGGAGCCCCGAAAUCAGACACCGUCUGAAAAGUUGGAUUUUGGCUAUGUGCCCCAGGGAGUUUACAAAACCGUCGCCUAUUACGAACCUGGAGUAAUAGGGAUACUGUUCCACAUGGUGCACGCUUUUCUAUACGUCGUGCAGCCCAACCCGUUCCCCGAAGAUCUCGUCGUCAAAGUCGCCAAGGAUAGAUUUGGAGCCAUUCAGUCGGAGUAUCAGAAGCCAGAGAACAUUGUGCUGACACUCCAGGCCAUCUACUAUGAGACAGGCUUCAUGGUGUGUGCCAUGCUCGGCCUGCUCUUCAUGGUCCUACUGCCCCUGGUCGGCCUCUUCUUCUGUCUGUGCCGCUGCUGCGAAAACUGCGGCGGCGAGAUGCACCAGCGCCAGCGGAAGAAUGCUGACUGCCAACGGGGCCUGCUCACCACACUGCUCUUCGCCACUUCACUCAUCAUCACGGCUGGAGUACUGUGUGCGUAUGCAGCUAACCAGAACCUGAGCUCCCAGCUCAAAGGCAUGAAGAGACUGGUUAGCAGCAACCUUAAGGACCUGCAGACCUUUGCCAAUGAGACGCCAACGCAAAUUGAAUACCUAAUAGCACAAUACGCCACUGCCAAGUACUCAGUCAUUUCUGACCUAGAUAAUGUGGGUCCUCUGCUUGGAGGGAAGAUUCAUGAGGAAUUGGGCAAAGAGGUGCGUCCUGCACUGGACGGGGUGCUCCGUAUGGCUGGAGUCAAAGUUCAGAGGGCCAUUAAAGCCAUGCGGGAGACCAAGGAGGCCCUGGAGAACGUGAGGGUGUCUCUGGAGGUUCUCCAGGAGGCGACAGGGAAGCUCCACUUCAACCUGAGCCUGGUGCGCUCCAGCCUGAACAGAACCCUCAACGAUCCGGGCUGCAGCAACGAGGACUCGGAUGCCACCACCGCCCAGCUCUGCCGCUCCAUCCACAGCUCCCUGGCACAGCUCUACGUCAGCGCCAACUUCACCCGGUUACCUGAUGUGAACAAUCACCUGGAAAGUGUGAAUCAGGUGCUGAAAACGGACCUCAACGAAAUCAUUCAAAAGGGCUUCUCCUCAUUCAAUGACACUCCAGGCAUGGUGAGUGACCAGAUGAGGAGCGUAGUCGACGGAGCCCGGGGCAUGUUGGACGUCAUCAGCGCCAACAUCAGCAGUUCCUCCAAGGUGUUCCCUGUAAACAGCACUCUGGCCAACUUCACCAACUUCAUCAGUCACACACAGUCCAAGAUAGAAGACUCCUACCCUGAGAUCGAUCAGAUAGACUUCUAUAGGUGGAUUUGCUGUAUUGGGCUGUGCUGCAUGGUGGUUCUCAUCGUGGCCUUCAACUUCCUGGCCAUAAUGUGUGGCACCAUGGGAUAUGACAAGCACGCCUCCCCCACCACACGGGGCUGCGUCUCCAACACCGGCGGUACCCUUCUCAUGGCCGGUGUGGGUUUCAGCUUCCUCUUCUCCUGGAUACUGAUGGGAGUGGUGACCGCCACCUUCCUGGUCGGGGGCAACGUGGAGAAGCUGGUCUGUGAGCCCUUCCACACCAAGCAGCUCUUCAAGGUUUUGGACACUCCUCACCUGGUGAACCCUGAGUGGAGGAACUUCAUCCCGGGGUAUAUGUACAACGACUCAGACCUGGAUCUGACAGUGGAGAGUCUCUACAGUAAUUGCAAAAAUAACAGAAGUCUCUACUCUGCCAUGCGCCUGGAUAAAGUCUUCAAUGUCACAACCUUGCUAAACUCCAGCCUGUACACCAAGGAGUUGGGGAAGAUGUUUGACAGUGUGAAGAUUGACCUGAGAGGUAUUGUCCUGCUGGAGUCUGAGGGGAAACAGAGCCUCAUUGACUUCUCUGAGACGGGCGUCGCCGAGAUCAACUAUGCAGCGUAUCUGGAGGAGGUCAACAAAGGCGUGACUCAGGUGGACUUACUGUCGUACGCCAAUGAGCUGGAGGCACAGACAGACCUAAUGCCCAAAGGGCCCCUCCAGACCAAUCUAAAGGGCCACGCCAACAGUCUCCGGCAGAUCCACAGUCAGCUGGUCAUCCCUAUGGAGCAGGCCAUGAAAUAUGUUAGAGCGAGGAGUACGCUGAAUCAGAGCAUCAGACUACUCGAAAGGACUGCCUCAGACCUGCCGAACAAAAUCACUGAUGUGCUGAAGACCAUCGAAGCGGCCCAGUAUCUCAUCUCCCAGAAUGCCACACAUGUCGUCAACCAGGAAACAGAAAAGUACAAGCAAACCAUUGUUGGUUACUUCAGGCAAUACAAAGAGUGGGUCAGGACCUCCCUGACCAUGGAGGUAGCAACCUGCAAACCCUUCAGCAACAUCGUGGACACAGUGGAGAUCGUAGCCUGCAGCUUCUUGGUCGACUCGUUGAACACAUUCUGGUUUGGCCUAGGCUGCUGUGCCCUAUUCCUCCUUCCUAGCAUCAUCCUGUCAGUAAAACUGGCAAAGUUCUACCGUAGAAUGGACACAGAGGAUGUUUACGAUGACAUUGAGACAAUUCCCAUGAAAACCAUCCCUGCCUAUGACACUAUGACUAGGUUCCCACGGGCAUCAGCUCCCCCUAGGCAUAUCGACUGGUGAGAGAAGGCCGGGCUUUUUGACCGGCUCCAGAAAGUGCCAUCGGAAACUGGAACUGAAACAUUAGAUUGACCCCAUCCACUUCCCACCCCUUGAACAAGACAAAGCUCCGAAAAGAUGUCCUUACCUGCAGAAGAAGCCCCUAACAAGAAGCUGAUGUCUUCUGUGUGUGUUCACCUGGCCCUCUCUUCCUCUAUCUCCACGGAUCUAUUUACUGACAACAUCCUCCUGCCCAGUCACAACCUCUUCUGGAUAUCCGCUGUCCAAUAGGACCCCCUCAGACACUACACAAGGUGCUGUCAUCAACUCUUCCUUUGAUUUUCCCUGGGGAACAAUAAGGAAGUGUACAUCUGAGACAGUGUCGGUUGACCUUCAUCCUUCACCACACACAGCUGUCUGUUGUGCCUGUGUUUACAUUAGUCUGAGCCGAGGCUGAGUUCAAACUGCAGACACAACAACAGUUCAGAGGGCUGUGUACUCUCAAACCUUUUGUACUUCUUCUGUGUUUUGUAAAAAGUGACUGAAAAGGUAUUUGAAAGGUCAUGUAGGGCUGAUAUGAGAACAUUGCCAUUUCUGCUCAUAGUUGAAUGAUGUUUUACUAACUGAUGGGGAGAGCUGUUUGAAACACAGCCUCGGUGUAGAAACAGACUUAAUGGUCGUGGAUCGUAGGCCUAUAUGUUUGUGCUUGAAUAAUAUAAGGACAAUCACAAAAUAGCAUGACUUUUGUAUGUUUGCAACAUUAGAAGACAGACAGAGGUUGUUAUCCAUGCUGAGGCAUACUGAUGGUUGACUGUUAGACCUGUUUUACCAUAGCAUUUUGACUGAUGACUGCCAUUUUGUAAGAUAUGAGGAAAUAUCUCAUAUCAGUGCAUAACAGGUGGAAUAUCACAUGAACCUGGACAGAAAUGUCAGGAGACUAUAACAUUCCUUAGUUCAUUAAUUGAUUAACAAUAAUGCAUAAUAAUCAAUAUGUUUUUUAGGCUAUUGUAGUGGUCAAACAUUAAAGUGGAGAACUGCUAUUUGACGCCAAAUCCUAUUCUUACUGUAGGUCUCAGGUCUUUAGUUGUUUAACAGUUAUGCAUAAUAUAUUGUUUCAAUAUUAUUAUUUUUCAUCCCACAAUAGCUAUUGGUACCUAUGGAACUAUGGAAGGGUAAAUGUAUUGAAGAGUUGUUUGUAUAUAAGAGAUGUAUUGCUUAAAGUGAAUGAUGACACCUGUGUGGAUUAUGCUGAAAAACAUUAACAUACUGUACUGUACAUGCCACCCCGAUAAUAUCACCCAUCUGUUCUCACUUGUUUACAGGUUAUGUUCCUUCUCCCCCACUGUCUGCCUCAUAAAGAUGGGGGUCAUUAGCCUACUUAACUACCAUGUGCUGUCAAUCAAAUGGCAUUAAGCUAGUAGAGGCUUGUUGAUGAGAGGAGUGAGGACUUCUUAUUGGUUUGCAUAACUGAUCCUGCUCAUUGAGUCUCUGACGGAAGCUUCACUUCCCAAUAACUAUUACUUAAGUACAUGCCUGUAGACUGCUUACCUUUGUAUGAUUAUUACAUCACACGCUAUUUUACUGAGUGCUUAAGACAGACAUUUUGUAUGCACCAUCUGGUUAGAUAGUGGGUGCAAUGUUUACUGGUUGUUUUAAGGGUAAAACUGUAAUGUUGCCACUGGACAGUGGGGCACUGGUGGUGCCCAUUGGAUAUGAGUGUCCAUGAUGGUUAUCUGAAAGUGUAUAAAUUGUGAAUAAAACAUUCCAUUUCA